AUGUCCGCCUCACGACAUGCCAUGUCUUCUGCACUAGUCCCAAAACAAGCCGCACCCAGUGCGCCUGCGCCUCGCAUGCCCAUCUCGGACAAACAUACCGUCGAAUUGCCUGCAUCCAAAUCCUCGUCAUCAGUCAUCUACACCAAAUCCGCGCGUGUGUUGGUGAACGUCUCCGCGCCCGACGGUAAAGGAGCCCCACGCAGGAUAACGGUCAACAUUACCAAAACGUCCCCUCGCCGCUACCAAUACACCAGCUGGGAUGCCCACCAAAUGGCGCAGGAUCUGGUGCUAUUGAGCAUACUGGCAAUCAUAGCUAGCGGAUUCUGGUGGCUGUUCUACAGCGACCCUACGACCUAUGGCCCUAGGGUGGACGUGCGGGGACCGAGACCAAGGCGCUGA